UUACCCCCACCCCCUUUUUGAAACAAGUCUUGUGUUUCCUCCAAUUCGCCAAUAAAUUAGUAUUUAUUUAUUUUUUUUUUUUGUUGCUUGUGUGUGACGUUGAUCGAUAUGAGUUGGGACAGCUACGUGACCAGCCUCCUUGCCGACGGAGAGUGCCAAGACGCGGCGAUCAUCGGCUACAAAGACGGGGUGUCCGUCUGGGCCAGCACCCCGGGAAAGACCCUGUGCAACGUGACGCCUGAGGAGAUUGCUGUGCUGAUUGGGAAAGACCGGACAAGCUUCCUGACCAAUGGGCUGACCCUGGGGAAGGUCAAGUGCUCCGUCCUGAGAGACCGCCUUGACGUGGAAGACGAGUGGACCGUGGACCUGCGGACCAAGGCGCCGGGCGAGCCCACCUACAACAUCUCUGUGGCCAAGGCAGGCAAAGCUCUAGUUGCCGUGAUUGGGCACGAAGGCAAGCACGGGGGUAUCAUGAACAAGAAAGUCUACGACAUGAUGAAGCAUUUGAGAGCCUCGGGGUACUAACCUUGAAACCCCCCUCCCCCCCUCCCCCCCUCGAUGACUCCUCCUGCCCCAAUUGGACCGGGAUUAAGAAACGGAACACGCCAGGAGAACCGCUGCUUCACCUGACCACGAGAAUUAGUUUAGAGUAAAAAAAAUUUCAAUUUCAUUUUUUUGUAUUUUUUUCUUUUUAAAAUGUUCUAUAUAAUUUGACAGAAGCACUUAAAUGGCAUUUAAAUAUAGUAAAUAAAUAAAAGUAUUGUCUCCUG